UUCACAUCACAUCUCUCCAGGAUGUCUGAGAAGAGGUUCUCUCAGGACGAUGACUGCUCGUCUCUCCUGUCCCGGCUCGGUUCGGACUCGCCGCGCCCUCGGAUGAAGUACGGGGGGAUGUUCUGCAACGUGGAGGGAGCGUUUGAGAACAAAACCCUGAACUUUGAGUCGUUCAGCCCCCAGACGCAGCGCCGCCACGCCGCCCGGACCAGAGCCGAAGGUGGAGAUGGGGCAGACACGGCGAGGAGGGGAGCCACGGUGGUGUUUCCUUCCGGACGGGAAAACCACGGCAAGACAGAGGGUGACCGGGUGAUCAUCAAGGGAGGAAAGAUCGUCAACGACGACCAGUCCUUCUACGCUGACAUCUACGUUGAAGACGGGAUCAUCAAGCAGAUCGGCGAGAACCUGAUUGUCCCGCCCAAUGUGAAAACCAUAGACGCCUACGGUCAGCUGGUGAUUCCUGGAGGAAUCGACGGCAACACCAGCCUGCAUGCCCCGCAGAAAGGCCAGAAACCAGCCGACGACUUCUACCAGGGAACCAGAGCGGCGCUGUCCGGAGGAACCACCACCAUCAUCGAUCAUGUGCUGGUGGAACCAGGAACUAGUUUGCUGUCAGCGUUUGAUCAGUGGAGGGAGAUGGGAGAGAAGAUGGCGUGCUGCGACUUCUCCCUGCACAUGGACAUCACUCGCUGGCAUGAAGGGCUGUACGAGGAGCUGGAGACGCUCGUCAAGGACGAAGGUGUGAACUCCUUCCUCUUCUUCAUGGCCUACAAAGACAAAUACCAGAGCUCCGACUCUCAGCUCUACGAGGCCUUCACUAUCCUGCGGGAUCUCGGAGCCAUCGCUCAGGUUCACGCUGAGAAUGCUGACAUCAUUGAUGAGGAGCAGAAGAAACUCCUGAGUCUUGGCAUCACUGGACCUGAAGGACAUGUUUUAUCUCACCCCGAAGAGGUGGAGACGGAGGCGGUGUAUCGGGCCAUCACCAUCGCUAAACAGGCCAACUGCCCGCUCUACAUCACCAAGGUGAUGAGCAAAUCUGCUGCUGACGUCAUCGCCAAAGCCAGGAAGAAAGGUAUGGUUGUGUACGGGGAACCAGUCACAGCUGGUCUUGCCAUCGACGGCUCGGACUAUUGGUCCAAAGACUGGGCCACGGCAGCUGCCUUGGUCAUGAGCCCACCCCUCAACCCCGACCCGUCCACUCCGGCGUACCUGACCUCCCUGUUAGCAUGCGGAGACCUGCAGGUGACCUCCAGCGCUCAGGCCAGCUUCUCCACAGCACAGAAGGCUGUCGGCAAAGACGACUUCACUUUGAUCCCGGAGGGAACCACCGGCGUGGAGGAGAGGCUGUCAGUGGUGUGGGACAGAGCUGUGUCUACGGGGAAGAUGGAUGAGAACGAGUUUGUCGCAGUAACGAGCACCAAUGCUGCAAAACUGUUCAACAUUUACCCCCGCAAAGGACGGAUUGCUGUAGGUUCUGAUGCCGACAUCGUUAUCUGGAACCCAAAAGAGACGCGAACUGUCUCUGCGAAGACUCACAAUCUGACCGUAGAAGUGAACAUCCUGGAGGGUUUGGAGUUUCGAGGUGUCCCGUCGGUGGUGAUGAGCGGUGGUCGGAUUGUUCUGGAGGACGGAAAACUCAACGUGACCGAAGGUUCGGGACGAUUUGUUCCGAGAAAGGCUUUCCCCGACACCGUCUACAAGAGGAUCAAAGCUCGCAGCAAGAUGGCCGAGGCCCGCGGUGUCCCCCGUGGAAACUACGAUGGUCCGGUCCAUGACGUCAUCAGUAUGACCAAGUCCGUCCCGCCCACUCCAACUACUCGAGGUCCCGGCUGUCCCAAGACCAUGACCGGCCCUCGAAACCUCCACCAGUCAGGAUUCACACUGGCAGGUACUCAGAUUGACGACCACAUACCUCGCCGUUCUACUCAGAGGAUUGUGGCGCCCCCAGGAGGAAGAUCCAAUAUUACAUCCCUGUCUUAAUACAGGAAGUUGUCUCUUUUGGCUCGUUUCCCCUGAGCGGUUUGGUACGGUCUGGUACACUUCAGUACGGUUUAGAAUGGUCCAGUCAAUUCAGGUGAGCAUUUCCACUGCAAUCAGACCGCCUAGGCCUGAGUAGACCAAAAGCCUGGUGUGGCGUCAUAGUAUUGCGAUGACAUCGAAAGCAAAGCUACCAUGGAGACGCUACCAACAGCAACAAUGGAGGUGGUCCAGCAGCACAUUUUUGUUAUGCUUGGCUUUUGGUACUUCGUAUGCACAAUCCUUGCCUCGUUGUUUGAGAGAAGAUUGCUCGCGCUGGUUUUGCACGUGCUUUUGUUGUGGGUAGUGACUUUUCUGUCCGCCAAUCAACAGAUUGUAUCAUGUGACGCCAGUAGCUCUGAUUUACCGUACCGUGCCAUUUUUCUAUGGAACCUACAAACAACUGGAGCCCAAAAAUGGUACGGUAUGGUUGAAUAGGACCAUUUUCUAAUAGAAACGCACAAAAUACUGUACUGGACCGUACCAAACUGCUCAAUGGAAACGGGGCUGAUACGUCCGUCUGACAAAAUACCGAGGAGACCUGGUUACAAACCAUAAACGACCUUGUACGUCCUCCAUCUGUAGGUCUUUAGCUACCAUUCAUAUCUAAGCCAAGAACUGUCCUUAAAGCUAGCAUCAACCUUUUCUACAUCAUUAACCAUAACUGUAGUUCUAACAUCACAUCUGAACCCUUCAACACCCCUGACCUUCAACUAGAACCAGCUGGUCAACAUAUACAAACCCUCCUCCAACCGGAAAAAAUCCACGUCCCUCCAGCUGUCUGGACCCUGAAUGACGCGACCACGGCCCGUUUCUUCACGAGACCAGAACGAACCACCAGACCGGCUCUCUGAGCUGCUGGUGAUUGUUUGCAGCUGGAACACAAACAGUCAACUGCACUGUCGCUAACAUGGUGGAGGUUCCACAUGAUGCAACGACUGACAUACCAGACUGCUAGUAAAUGGUUGGUUGGCCAGCUACCUUCUAACCCUAACGUCUACUAUGCAAAAUCAAAACUAAUUUGACCUUGUUAUUCAACUUGAAGCUUAGCUGUUGAUUUAAAUCAAAACAUUGCUCUUUAGAUAGUAUUACGCUAAACCGCAACUAAGUUGGCUGGAUGCUAACGAACAGUAGAGCUGGCCCAAUGUGAGUUGGCCUAAUGUUAACCAACAUGACUAGCUUUGUUUGCCACACGGUAACCAGCGUGAGUAGCCAAGUUAGCCACAUGCUAACCCGGGGUGAGUAGCUAACUAAGCCACACACUAACCAACAUGACUAACCAAGUUAGCCACAUGCUAACCAGGGGUGAGUAGCUAACUAAGCCACACACUAACCAACAUGACUAGCCAAGUUAGCCACAUGCUAACCCGGGGUGAGUAGCUAACUAAACCACAUGCUAAACAACAUUACUAGCCAAGUUAGCCAUAUGCUAACCAGAGUCAGUAGCUAACUAAGCCAACACUAACCAACAUGACUAGCCAAGUUAGCCACAGGCCAACCAGGGUGAGUAGCUAGCUAAGCCAUAUGCUAGCCAAUAUGACUAGCUAACUAAGCCACAUGCUAAACCAAUACGACUAGCUGAUUAUGCUAGCAACAGUGCAGUUGUCCUGUUCUUCCAUGUCUUUUACAUAAACUAAUUGUACCCGUUUGAACCGAGUUCAGUUAUAUUUAAUUAAAUUCUAUGUGAUGGUGCUAACUUAAACAGUAGUAGCCGUGAAGUAGCAAAACUCAAAGCCACGCCUCCUCCAGAAAGUAAACACUCUGACCCCACCUCCUUCAUGGAUGUAUGCACAUGCUCCGUAUUUACACAUUCACCAUAAAAGUCUCUCUUUAUUCUGUACUCUUUGUUUUGAAACUUGAAGUAGAACAUGAACAGUAAUGAGCUGGUUGAGGGUCAAAUGCCAAAAAGGUAUCGGAUCUGAAAUGUAAACAUCAAUGGCUUUUAAUUUGAAAGGCUGUAUUUGACCCCUGGGAGGCACUGCAAGACAUCAGUCCAGCAGGACAUUUAAACAUCCAGGACCUUGUCCUUCCAGAAGACGUGAGAGGCCGAUGGAAAAGAUGUCAUAGCACCCCCCUCCCCCGGCCUGAAAAGAGGAAAAAAAAAAAAAAGAAGGUUUUUAACAGUGUGUUGAUUUCUAAAAAAAUUGUCAUUUUGUACUUUUUACAUUUUUGUAUCCUGGUUAUUAGUAUCUUUGACUGCUUUUAAAAGAUGGACGGAACCACCUACUCCAAAACCGAGGAAAUUGUGCAGAAAAAAAAGAAAUACAACAUGUCUGGUCACCAGCCACUAGGAGGCGCCAAGACGUAGGACCAUCAUCAAUACAGAGUCUGUGGAGAAUAAUGUAGAAUAAUAUGACCCCCCCCAGCAUGAAGUUCUGAUCUGAAGGUUUCAUUUCUGAAACUGACAGGCAGCAUCGCCGUGGUGACGUCCAUCUGUUACAUGCAGUUUACUGUGUUACUGUGCAUCAGUGUUCACAUCAGUAUCAAUUAAAUUAAAUAAUUGUCAGUGGCCAUAUUGGAUUAUAGAAGAAGAAAAAAAAAGUCAGUUUGGGCUCCAACUGGUUCUGGUCGUGUUUCUGUUCUGAAAGGUGCACUGGGUAACCCUGGCGACAGUGCAUCAGUUGUUGUUCCUGUGGUGAAUGUAAGUUUAAAUUGUGAUGAAAGUUGCAUGAAUAAACUAAAA